UUUUAAAUGUUAAAACAACCGCUAGAUGUGUUUUCUAGCUUUGUAUCGCUUACAAGACCGAAUAAACACACACCGACCAUGCAUUUGUAUGGGCGAUUCAAGCUCUGUGGGUUCCGUAAUGGCGAACACAAGCGUCGUUUCCUGACGUGACGUUGGGCAUGCCAGAUGUGUUGUUACGCAUCACCAGUUGAUCAAUACGCAAUGAGUGUAUAGCAAUUGUAUUGUAGAAAUUGCUUGUGUAACGUCGUAGUUUUGUUUUAUUUAAACAUUUAAAGGAUGCUAGAAUGUACCAAGGUAAAGAGCAGUAGUAAAUUGAUCGGUUGUUUUUAGUUUUAAGUUUAGUCAACAAAGCGAAAUUUUGUAGAAAUGCAGUGUUGGUUAAAGUGCGCUUUGCAGACAGAAAUGACAAGUUUUACUCAGACCAAAAAACAAAGAUAUUAGCAAGUAUAUGUAAACCGUAUAUCAUGGCCUACUCAAUAUUGAGUAGGCCAUGGUCGUAGCAAUGAUUUUAUUAUACUUUUCAAUCUUUCAGAGUGUAGUCUAUUUACGAAAAUGCUACUUGGAGAAAAAUACAAGUUUCGUUGGGUAGUGUUAUGUAUGGCUGCUGUGAUCAAUGGCUUAACAUGGGGGCUAUUGUACGCCAUUGGUGUAAUUUACUCAAGUUGGCUGACUUAUUUCAAUGAACCAGCCAGUUAUGUGUCAAUGGCAGGCAGUUUACCAUUGACAAUUGGCUGUUUUGCAGGUCCAUUCUUUCGACCUAUUGUUAACAAGUUCGGCUUAAGGACUUCUGGUUUCUGCGGUGGUGUUAUAAUGGCGUUUGGGAUCGCCGUUAGCUACUUCGCUGAAUCUGUUCUUACACUUUGCUUUACAUUUGGUCUUGUUGCAGGCUUUGGAGCUGGCUUGGCGAACUUUAGUGCAUCAGUUGCGGUAAAUCAGUAUUUCUACCGCGAGAGGUCGCUAGCUGAAGGAAUUAUGGGCGGGGGCUUGUGCAUUGGAAUGUUCCUUUUGUCGAUGCUACAGCAAUUUUUUAUUGAAGCUUAUACAUGGCAGGGUACCAUGUUACUCUCGGGCGGAAUAUGCACACAUAUAUGUCUCGCCAGUCUCUUCUUCAUUUCACCAAAAGAAGUCGAAACUCAUCCUCUUAAUAUGUGGAAAGAAUCAGACUCAACGUCCGGCGAACUGCAGAAGAAAAUACGCAACGAUCUUAUCAGUGAUAAAGGGGACCAAGAGAUAACAGAUUCGGCAAACAAGAAGGGUCGUUGGGACUUUGUAAAAAUUUGGUGCGACCCAAGGUUCAUGCUUAUAAUUACAUCAGAUUUCUUGAGUUGGGUUGCCUUGUAUGUCCCAUACGUCCAUCUUGUUGAACGAGCCAGGACUCAAGGUAUUUCUGAAAAUACAUCGGCAUGGCUUUCUCCGGCUAUAGGAUUCGGUGGGCUGGUGGGUCGGCCUUUAAUUGGUUUUGCUGCUGAUUUCUUUACAAUUCACCCGUUCUGGGCGUAUACUACAGUGCAGACUCUUUGCGGAAUUGGAACAAUACUUAGUCCGUUCUGGUCCAGUAUAGAAGGCCUUUUCGUGUUUGCUGUUUACUUUGGAUUUCUGUCCAAUGGAUACGGCCUUAUCAAAGCCAGUGCCGCAAAAAUUCUCGGUCCAUCUAAUUACGUUGAUGCAUUUAGCUGGAUGCUAAUGUUUGAAGGGGUAGGCAUUCUUCUUGGACCUACAGUUGGUGGGGCUAUUUAUGAUGUGACUCAGUCUUAUGAUUGGACUUUCCGGUUCGCUGGUGCAUGUCUUAUAAUCUCAGCAGCUAUUUGCUUGUUGAAGCCACUUAUUAUAAAGCAGACCAAAAGUUCUCAAAUCGUCUUAGCAAAGAAUUCCGAAUGUAGAGAAACUUGCUAACAACCCUACCAAGGAACAUACAUGGCAAAAUUCAAAUGUAUAAUUUAGGCCACUUUGCAAUUGGCUUUUAGGUUAUUUUUUUUAAAACGCUUUUUAUACCUUUAUUAACUUUGCACAUGUACUUAUGCUCUUGUUUAUUGCAAUUCCUAAUAAAUGUGAUAAUUGUG